GUAGUCCAGAUUGCUGCAGGUACGAGGACACUCGGAAAACUUUUUUAAUUUCGAAGUUAAGCGGUGGUCAGACAACCAGGCCGUUGAGCCAGAGAGGAACAGAGUUGCCAUAUCUGCUGACCUUGCCUAGACAAUAUAUGAAUGGGGUUAUAUACCAGGCUGUGUUAACCCAACAAGAUGGCUCUCCAAGCAGACACUCAGCAUGCUUUAGAGCUUUUGCUCCAGAUUCAGGAGCAAAUAAAAGACACCGGAGACCCUUCCCUAGAAGAUGAGAUAGCCUCUAUCAUUUGUAUGCUAGACUCUCCAGUGUUCAGUCGUCUUCUCUCCAUACAGACCUCUCUACAAGAGUUGAAACAAGUUCAUGACACUCAGGGGUUGAGUGAAGAAGACUUUAACUUUUCUCCAUCUGGAGACUUAGUUAUCAGACCAGAGGUGGCAGAGAAGUAUGAGAAUCAAGCGACUCUGCCACUGAACCGAAAUGCUAGGCAGGAAGGUACUCCACCCCAAGAGCACCCAGCCCGACCGCUUACAGAAGAGGAUUUCAGGGAGGCCAUAGAAACUGCAGCACAAGGCAGACAGGUCAUAUAUGUCCAGCUGACCAAAGAGGAGGGGAAGAGUCUUGGGUUCAGCGUGGUUGGCUUGAAAAGUGAAAAUAGAGGAGAACUUGGGAUUUUUGUUAAAGAGAUCCAGCCAGGUGGAAUAGCUGCUCAAGAUGGUCAGCUCCAGGAAAGUGACCAGAUACUGGCCAUAGACAAGCAGCCCUUGGCAAACAACAUCUCCCACCAAAACGCCAUAAGCAUUUUACAAAAGGCAACAGGAUUGGUGGAACUUGUGUUAGCCAGGGGCCCCAUCCCAAGAUCUGACCACUCAGGACCACCGUCUGCUGACAAGACACCAACAACUCUUGGACCUGACUCCGACAUGGUGAUAAGCACAGAAUGGACUCAAAUCGAAGUAAUUGACCUUCUUAAUGAUGGUAGUGGCCUUGGGUUUGGCAUUAUUGGAGGCAAGAGCACUGGUGUGGUGGUGAAGACCAUUCUUCCUGGUGGAGUUGCUGACAAGAAUGGCCGACUGCACAGUGGAGACCACAUCCUCCAGAUUGGGGACGUUAACGUACGCGGCAUGGGUUCUGAGCAGGUGGCUGCAGUGUUGCGCCAAUCGGGGAGUCAUGUCCGCCUUGUUGUGGCCCGGGGUGUAACCGAGCCUCCCACAGCACAGAACCCACUAGCUCCCAUUGUCCCCACACAUGAACUGGAUGAGCACCUGCAGCAUCUGUAUGCCACGCUAUUGGAGGUGGAGAGUCAUGACCAGUUAAUAGACUAUGGCUUGAUGCAUGGACACAUUGAUCCCCUCACUGGGCAGCUGACCUCAGAGUAUAUUGAACAGGCUCAAGUACAUGAGGGUUAUGAAUACUUCAUUGAGCCUCCAAGGGAACCUGAGGUUGAGGAAGACCCAGAGGUGGAGUAUUUUGAGGUGGAACUUUCCAAAGGCUCCCAAGGUCUGGGGAUUACCAUAGCUGGUUAUGUGGGGGACAAGUCUGCAGAACUGUCUGGAAUCUUUGUGAAAAGUGUUGCUGAGGGAAGUGCUGCAGACGUUGAAGGCAGAAUAAGAGUAAAUGAUCAAAUCAUACAGGUGGAUGGCCAGUCCCUUGAAGGCUACUCCAACCACCAAGCAGUGGAGGUGCUCAGACACACAGGGCAGGUGGUGCGCCUCAAGCUGGCCAGGUACCAUAAGGGAGCCAAAUAUGAACAGUUACAGCAGUAUGCAGUACAACUUGCUGUGCUAGUCUACACUGGGGUGGAAGAGCAAGCCCACACUGCUGCUAAGGCUGCUGCUGCUGCUGCUCUGGCUGCUGGAGAGGCUCAGCAUGUGUCAUCAUCCCCCACCCCCUCCUCUCCACCCUCCAGGUCUCCCCCACCACCCCCACAUGACCAGUAUGAGGAGGAAAAUGAAACAUACAGGGCCGUCAAACAAGACGUUUCUGAAGAAGUGACCAAAGAUGUCGACAUCAAUGAUCUAAGCAUGUACUUAGAUGAAGAUUACAGCAUUCCAUUGUCAAAGGAAGUAGAGGAGGCCUUAAAAGCCACUUGGCAGCCCAUGGUUGGUGAUGAAUACGAAGUUGUGGUUGCCCAGUUGUCCAAGUUCCGUGAGGGAGGAGGCCUUGGUAUAAGUUUAGAGGGUACAGUGGAUGUAGAAAAUGGCCACGAGGUGCGUCCUCAUCAUUUUAUACGUUCCAUACUCCCAGAUGGACCAGUGGGGGCCAAUGGAAAACUGGAGAGUGGGGAUGAACUGCUGGAGGUAAAUGGCCGUAAGCUCCUGGGGUUGAGUCAUGUUGACGUGGUCAAGAUACUUAAAGAACUACCGCAACAUGUCCGCAUCAUCUGUGCGCGGCGGAAACAUUCACAGACAGACUUCAGCUAUGCACAAAAGCGCGACGAGUUCUUCCAGACACCACUUCCUCCUGCACCAUUUUCAGUGGGUCCCGUGCGUGGACCCGACCGCUUGGUUAAAGCCAAGUCAGAACAGACACUCAAUGUUACUGAAGUGCCGCAAUUAAAUAAAAAUAAAUCUCGUUCUCUAGAGCCCCUGACUGGCCUGGCUAUGUGGAGUAGUGAGCCAGUGGUAAUAGAGCUUGUUAAGGGGGACAGAGGUCUGGGCUUUAGUAUAUUGGACUACCAGGAUCCACUUAAUCCCUCAGAGACUGUGAUAGUGAUCCGCAGCCUGGUCCCCGGGGGAGUGGCACAAGUCGAUGGGAGACUGGUGCCCGGGGACCGCCUCAUGUUCGUUAAUGAGAUCAACCUAGAGAAUGCCACACUGGACCAAGCUGUGCAAGCCUUGAAAGGUGCUCCCAAGGGAGUAGUACAGAUAGGAGUGGCCAAACCCUUGCCUGUGCCUGACACCAGCCUCAGUAGCCAGCCAGAAAUGGUGAUGUCCAUGCCCACUUACACUGAAGCUGAAAUUGGAGCUAGUUAUGAGAGUGCUGUGUUUUCCUCCCAGCAUGUCGAGCCGCAUGCCAAUGCCUUAUACAUGCAUGAGUCCCCUCCCCCUCCACAAGAGCAUCGUCUUGAGGUGGAGUUUGUAGCCACACCCCCUGUCAAUCAUGAUGCAUUGAUUGACACUGUGCCACCCAGGGAUGACCCCUCAGCUCCUCUGGAAGAGCACCAGCUAACGGAAGAGAUUUUCCGGGAACUUGAAGCUAGACAUGAAAAGGAAGGCAGUGAUAGUAGCAGUGGUUCGUACAAAAAGGAACAACCACAAAAUCUGGACAACCAUGUGCAGGAGGAAUGGGAAGACCAACAGGUGGAAGAAGAAGAGAUAAUCAAAACAGAAAUAUUGAGGGACAGGAAAGUGGCAGAAGAGGAGAGAAGGGACUCCGUGUCCUCUACCAGCUCUGGCGAUAUUCCCAAGAUGCAAGAGUUCAUGGCAGCAGCCGCCAUGGCUGAUGUAUCUCAAGAUGAUGUAGAUGCUGGGAUGGAAGAAGAAGAAGAACUGAAAGAAGAAGUGCAGGAGGAGAUCAUUCAGCCACAGAAGAAGGCUGUAAAGAACCAAAUAGAUGCUGAGGGCUUCUUUUUGACUGAGGUCCCUGGUGAAGAAAAAAGGGAACCCUUACUUGAGAAAUCUAAACCUGAUGAGCCUGUAGUGGGUCAGGACGAACAAAUAAAAGUCAAGGUAUCAGAAAGAGGACCAACUUUUUAUGCUGGUCUUCAGACAGCUAGUACCCCUCCUAGCAUAGAAAGAACCACCCCUCAGUCCAAGCCCCAUGUAGUGGGGGAGACUAGAUCACCUAGUUUUUAUGCUGUAGUUCAGAAAGAGGUGGAGGAAGUUAGGAGGCAGACACCGGUGGUGGAAACUAAAACUCAGCUUAGCUUCAAAGACACAAAAGCUUAUACUACAGUGUCAGGGGACUUCUCACGACCCAAAAAGACACCACCUCCCGUCCCACCCAAGCCCAAGUGGCUGUAUUCACCUCGGACGUCGCAAACCUCGUUGGAGCAGGACAUGGGUUCUCCAGUACAUCCAGUGUCACCGCCACAAAUGACUGAGCAGACUUCCCAAAUCACAAGUGACCUUAGCAAGACCUCGUCGUCCCCUUCUUCCUCGGUGGGCUCCACCCCCCACAUGUCCCCAGUCUUGAGUGGGUGGAGGGCACAGCAUAGCCUAGCACACAUUCCACCCCUACCCUCCGCCCUGGAGAGGAAGGCCAAGAUUAACAAGGGCAAUGAGCAAUUAGGUUUGAAUGUGGAUGCAAUAGAUAAAGGAGUGAAUGGCUGCAUAGUGAAGAGCAUCAGCAGAAGUGGAGCGGUAGCCCGUGAGGGUAGCAUUCAAGUGGGAGACUACAUUGUUAUGGUCAACAAUGAAAACAUGCGCAAUAUUACUAAUGCUCAAGCCAGGGCUAUUCUCCGCAGGGCUGCCCUUGUGGGGACAGAAAUCAGCAUCGUAUAUAUCCCUGGCCAAGAUGCAGCGGUUCACAGAGAUUGCUAUAUGAUAGCUGAAAGGGAACAGAACACACAGGAGGACAUGCCCAUAGUCACAUCCCCAAGGAUUUUUCCUAAAUUCUAUCGCUCACAGUUUUCUACCAGCAGCAGCGAGUCCUCCCCUACCAAAGAUCCCAAGCCAGUGAUCAGGACACGGGAUGCUGACUUGAUGGUAACGCCCCCUCUUAGUCCACUAAGGAAGGAUGAGGCACAGAAAAUGAAUCAGGCCUGGGGACCCCCUCGCACUGUGUACUUAGAGAGACAGCCUGGACAGAGCUUGGGGAUAAGUAUAGUGGGAGGUAAAGUGGACCUGUUCCAUGUGUCCCCAGAGCACACCAUCACUGGGAUCUUCAUCAAGCAUGUCCUGGAGGGAAGUCCUGCUGGCAAGAGUGGACAGCUCAAGACUGGGGACAGGAUACUUGAGGUUGAUGGAGUAGAGUUAAAAGAUGCAACUCAUGACCAAGCAGUGGCUGCUAUAAGGAAUGCAAACUCUCCUGUAAAAUUUGUGAUUCAGAGCAUCAUGGAUAAAGCACCUCCUAGUGAUAGGGAGUCUAGCUCCCAGAACUCUACUGUGAUACCUGAUCGUAGCCCCUUGCCUCAUGCUGUGCGGAAACUCCACUUACAACAAGAACCUCAUAUGUCGCCAUUGGAUGAGUCUGUGUUGACAAUAGAGACACCUGGUGAGAGUACCACUGACCAACCACAUGAUUCCUCAGACAGUGAAUCUGAUGAUGAAUUUGGAUAUACCUACAAAAAGCUCCAGCGUAAAUAUGGUGACCUAAAUGGAGUUCUCCACCUGCUGGAGAUAGAGCGUGGCAGCAAUGGGCUCGGGCUGAGUCUGGCAGGAAACAAGGAUAGAAGCACAAUGAGCGUAUUUGUUGUGGGCAUUGAUAAAGAUGGGCUAGCCUUCCAAGAUGGCAGAAUCCGAAUUGGAGAUGAACUCCUGGAGGUCAAUGGCCAAGUACUGUAUGGAAGGAGCCAUUUGAAUGCCUCAGCCAUCAUAAAGGGCAUCACUCAUCCCAUCAUCAAGCUUGUAUUAUUAAGGAGAGAAGACUUCCUAGAACAUGUUGCUGUCAAGCCAUUAGACAAUGCAGUUUCCACAGAGGAUGUUAGCAUCAACUCUACCAGUCCCUCCUCUCCCUCCUCAAACCGUGAAGACACAAUAUCAUCCAGAACUGAGCAAGACUUCUCCACAUUUCCAGAUGUCACAACUGUCACAAUUGAUAAGGGUCCUGCACGCCUUGGUCUUGCUAUCAUGGAGGGCAGUGUGGAGGGUCAGCCUGGGAUAUAUAUCAAGUCCAUCACCCCAGGGAGUCCUGCUGAACAUGAAGGACAUUUGGCCGUCGGUGACCAAAUCUUAGCUGUAGAUGACCAGUCUCUGGUGGCUGUGUCUUAUGACAAAGCUAUUGAAUUUCUGCGCAGUGCCCAAGGUACAGUGAAACUGACAGUGAGUAAACCAGGCGAUUCCUCAUCCGAUACAGCAUCUAACAUUCCAGUAGAUGAAGACUCGCAGGCUGGACUAGAUGUGAGACAAAUUAAUGUUGAACCCGCCUCUCCCUUGGAAAGAGAGCAAUCUCAGGAUACCACCACCUCGGACACAGGGCCAGAAAUGGUGGACCCUCAAACGUGUCCUAUCAAGAUUGGUCAGGAGACCUGGCUUGAGAUUGAGAAAGGGAAGUCUGGACUAGGACUCAGCAUCGUAGGGGGAUCUGAUACAAUGAUUGGUGCCAUCAUCAUCCAUGAAGUCUAUGAAGAUGGAGCUGCAGCUAGAGAUGGAAGACUGACUGCAGGAGACCAGAUACUAGAGGUUUGUGGGCAAGAUUUACGUGAUGCCACUCACGACAAUGCUAUUCAAGUUUUGAGACAAACACCGCCUGUAGUGACCAUGUUGGUGUACAGAGACGAUGCUCAGCUCAGAGAGGAAGAUCUCUAUGAUAUCUUUACAAUAGAUCUGUUGAAGAAACCAGGCAGAGGACUUGGGAUAAGCAUAGUUGGGAAAAGGAAUGAUGUUGGAGUGUACAUAUCAGACAUUGUUAAAGGUGGAGUUGCUGAGGCAGAUGGCCGUCUUAUGCAGGGAGACCAGAUCCUUUCUGUAAAUGAUGAUAAUAUGAGAAAUGCAACCCAAGACCAUGCAGCAACUGUACUCAAGACAAUUAUGGGCAAAGUAACACUCACGAUUGGUCGAUUAAAAACUGGGUCAAGAGCUGGAUCAACAAUAGGUUCGCGAGCUUCUUCAAGACGCAGCUCUAGUGUAAUGGAUAAAUCACUAAAAAAAUCUAAUUCAUCUGCAAGCAGCAAAGGGAAAUCACGGCACUCCAGAACACCAAGCCAGAGUAGUCAAACCUUGAGCAACAUGCGUACAGUGGAACUUGAAAGAGAUGAACAGGGCUCCUUAGGCAUCAGCAUUGCAGGAGGCAUUGGAAGUCCAAUAGGAGACACGCCCGUUUUGAUAGCUAAUCUUCAACCAAAUGGGCCAGCGCAAAAGACAGGAAAACUCAAGGUUGGUGAUCAUAUCAUGAGUAUAAAUGGUCAACCCACAGAAGGUUUGACUCAUCAUGAAGCAGUCCAGCUUUUGAAACAAUUUCAAGGAACUAUCUCCUUGGUUGUCACUCAAGGUGAGGAUGUUGUAUUAGAAGUGAAUGGGCACAGCAAAGUGUAUGAACUGCCUAGCAACCAGCCAGAGCCAGAGGAAGAUAUGCCACAGGAAAUAUCUGGGCAGCAGCAAGUGAAGACCAUAUCUCUAGAGCGUGGGCCAGAUGGUCUGGGAUUUUCCAUCGUUGGAGGGCAUGGCAGUCCACAUGGAGACCUGCCAAUUUAUGUGAAAACUGUGUUUGCCAAAGGAGCAGCAGCAGAAGAUGGGAGGCUAAAACGUGGGGAUCAGAUACAAGCUGUCAAUGGAGAAAGUCUAGAAGGAGUUACUCAUGAGGAAGCAGUUGCUAUUUUAAAACGAGCUAAAGGAAAGAUUGAAUUGACUGUAUUAACGUAGGUCUACACUGAUCUUAAAGAUAUACAGCAGAUAAUUUCAAGCCAACAACAUUUUUCUGAAAAACGUAACAUGCAUAUUUUGUCAGCAUUUGUCAAGGUUAAAUGUUUUCUCCAAUCUUGUUGACAAUUAAAGUAUUAAAAUUUGAUCAAAAACAUUCACUGAAUAAAGAUUUCAGAUAAGUUUUACAAAAUUGAGUUACAACUAACUUCAUGCGGUUGUGCUCUGUAGACAAACAAAAAUCAGAUCAUGAAGAUUAUGUUUAAAAUAUUGCUAUAUCAUUUUCAAAAUAAAGAAAAUAUCGUAAAUAUUUAAUUAAAUUAGUAUUAUU